GGGUGGGGUGGGGUGGUGGCGCAGACAAGACCUGUGUAACCCAACAAGCUUAUAGCGAUCGGGAAUUGCAGAAGAGGACUAAUGUAGUGGAUAAGCUUCGGCGAAGAGGCUGCUUCCUCUUCUCCGAGAGAUAGAGGCGGUUACUGGUUGGAGAGAGAGAGAGAGAGAGAGAGAGAGGAAGUCGACUGGUGGUGGUGCGACCAGAUGAGCGGCGGAUGCUGGCCGAUGGAGGAGGAGUACGUGAGGAGGCACCACAGGCAGGAGGCCAGGGACGACCAGUGCAGCUCCACUCUCGUCAAGCACAUCAAGGCCCCUGUCCAUCUCGUUUGGUCAUUGGUGAGGCGAUUCGACCAGCCACACAAAUACAAGCCCUUCAUCAGCAGAUGCGUGGUGCAGGGCGAUCUGGCGAUCGGCAGCGUUCGAGAAGUUAACGUCAAAUCGGGGCUGCCGGUCACAACCAGCACGGAGAGAUUGGAAGUCCUCGACGACCAAGAGCACGUCCUCAGCGUCAAGAUCGUCGGCGGUGAUCACAGACUAAGGGAUUUGAGCACGGGGGCAUCCUUGGUCCAGGGCCAGAACAAAGACAACAUUUAUGAGUGGCCAUCCACUUCACAAAUUACCUUUCCUACUGCUCACUCCUCAAUCGCAGCUCCGGUUGAUUGUGGACUCACCAUCACAGGCUUCCAACUCCAAUCUUUGCUUGGGUUGCAGAACUACUCCUCCAUCAUAACCGCGCAUCCUGAGGUCAUGGACGGGAGGCCAGGGACGCUGGUCAUCGAAUCCUUUGUGGUCGAUGUGCCCGACGGCAACACCAAGGAUGAGACGUGCUACUUCGUGGAGGCAUUGAUCAAAUGCAACCUCAAAUCUUUAGCUGAUGUGUCGGAGCGAUUGGCAGUGCAGAACGCGCAACGCAUGGAGCGAUGAGAUUACAUGCAUUCCUUGGACGACGGAUCUCGAGAUGUUUUAGGGAUUUUGUCUGUUUUCUCACAUGUAGAAUAUUACCACCCUCAGAUGGCUCGAUCGACAUGGAUUAGGGUCAUGGUAUUUAUUAUUAUGGGCAUUUUGAUGUUGCACCCGCAAAUAUGUGGUACGAUGGUGGGUGAGACUGUUUUCUGCCA